AUGGAAACUACAUUACACAAGUUUACACUUCACCCGUUCGCCAUGUACAUUGUCGACAUGCUCGGCCUCUCUCCCGCCUCAUAUUCUCGUGGCUCCCCGCGACGGAUGGACAUACUCUAUAGCCUACUCUCUCUCUGGAAUCGUGAACCUUCGAAACCUACCCCCCCUCGCCUCGACCUCAUGAGUCUCCCGCCGGAAAUCAUUCUCUGUGUCGGCGACCAUCUGAACGAGAAGGACCUAACUUCGCUCAUCGGCACAGCCAGGACGUUCGCAGAGCUCCUCUCACCCAAGCUCUACGAUUUCAUUGUCGGCUGCGGCACCCCCGAGUCGACCUUCAAAGAAGAUAUUCUGGUACACGCAGGCCGCUGGAAUUCCCAUUAUGCUCUCAACUACUUUCGUACAAAACGGGCCGACGUGCUGUUACGCAUGGACCCGGAAGGUGGCCUGCUGCUGAAUCGAGUCGCGCGUGCCGGGAAUGCCAAACUGGUGUCAAUUCUCCUAGAAAGAGGAGCUGACGUCAACGGCCAUUCGAAUCGAGACCUCCACGCCCUAACGUUGGCGGCGAAAUACGGCCAUGAGGAUAUCGUUCGCAUCCUCCUAGACGCGGGAGCAGAAGUCGAUGUGUUUCACCCGUGCAAGAAGACCUUGCUGCACGCCAUCUAUCGAUAUGGCCACCGCAACUCCCCUGUGGUCUCCCAGCUACUGAUCGACCGGCUCCAGGAACGUGGCCAAAUAUCACAGCGAGACUCCCAGAAUGCCACACCUCUACACUAUGCUGUGCGAUACAACAGGGCAUACGCGGUCCCCCAGCUGAUCAAAGCCGGCGCUGACUUGAAGAUCCUCAAUAAUGACGGGUUGUCUGUUUUGGAUAUCGCCCUCCGACACGGAAAAAUGAAGAUUGUCCGUCAGCUACUCGAAACAUUCCCUGGACCAUGGCCGUCUUAUUACGUUCAAAAGGCCAUAUGGGAAGCGGCUGAUAGGCUAGACUUGGACGCACUCGAACGCAUUGCACCCUUGAUAAAGGCCGGAAACGUUCUUGUGGAUAUUUCUCUCUCACAGAGAAGUCGAGCUGGCUUAACCGCCCUCCAUGUCGCAGCUCGAGGACCCCAAGAUUGGCUGCGAUCGUCUGACCACGCUUUCUCUCGUGAAAGUUCGGAGGUGGUUUUGAAAUGGGAGAAAAUGAUCGACUUACUCCUAAACAUGGGCGCCAAUAUUUCUACUCAAGACUGCAUCGGACGUACACCUUUCUUUUUCGCCGUCGAACACGGAAAUCCAGAACGAAUCCCCUUCCUGCUCCAGAGACUUGGAGAAACGAUAUCGAUCCGCGAUAAUCUAGGUCGCACGGCCUUGCACGCUGCGGUACAUAACGACAAGAGCGAACUCACUGUUCGCCACCUCCUUCGCGCUGGACUCGACAUCAACGCUCAGGACUCUCAAGGACAGACGGCACUCCACUACGCAUCAACAUGCCCCGUGACCGUACCGACAGUGGAGUACUUGGUCAACGCCGGUGCCGACGCGUCAAUCUGCGAUAAGCAUGGUUACCCAGCGAGUCACUUCGCAGCCAACCAGCGACGGAAUCGAGCGCUUAAAGUCUUCAUCGACGCGGGCGUCCCGCUACACUCAGACUGCGACGUGUGCUACCGGAACUCACAAGAGUGGCGCACUGAGAACGGGGAAUGGAUGAAAUUCUCGGAACCUCUAGACCUGAGUGGCCUGUUUGAUCACGAAUAA